CAAGACUGGCACUGUAAUCAGAACAUCGUGUGAGGAACGCAUCUCUUAGAUUUCAUUUCGAAAUUUUCAAGACGCUGAUUAACAAUCAGCGGAAUAAGAGUCUGGAAAGCAGCAACAACUAAAAAGCGUACAACAAAUUUAACAACAUACAAGAUAAACGCUAUUCCCCAUUGACAGAUCCAAAGCCAUUCAAAAUGGCCUCUACAUCAGUCCCCAAACACCUCAACUUCAUAACCGGCAACAAAAACAAGCUCGCCGAAGUCCAGGCCAUCCUCUCGGGCGUCAUUGAGCUGCGAAACCAGAAUGUCGAUCUAGUCGAGAUCCAAGGCACAGUCGAAGAAGUGACCAGAGAUAAGGCGCGACGAGCCGCUGAAGCAAUAAAAGGCCCCGUCCUAGUCGAAGACACCUGCCUCUGCUUCCCCGCCAUGAACGACCUUCCCGGCCCAUACAUCAAAUGGUUCAUGCUCUCCCUCGGGCCCCUAAACCUGCACAAACUCCUCGCAGGCUUCGACGACAAAUCUGCCCAGGCAGUCUGCACAUUCGGGUACUGCGAGGGACCGGGUCACGAGGCGAUUUUGUUUCAGGGGAGGACGGAUGGCAAGUUAGUUGAGAGUCGGGGGUCUACUGUUUUUGGCUGGGACUCAUGCUUCGAGUACGAAGGCAAGACAUAUGCGGAAAUGGAUAAGAGCGAGAAGAACAAGAUUAGCCAUCGGGGCAAGGCGUUGGAGAAACUGAAGGAGUGGUUGGCGAGUAAGACGGAAUCAUCUUGAGCUAUACACUACCAGCAGGAGCAGCACCAUCUAAAUCUCCAAUACCCAAAGAAAGAAGAGAGAAAGAGAGAGAGAUAAACA